ACAGUGCGUCAGCGUCUGCGUUGCUGCUGGCGCCCCGGAAGUGUUUUCUUUCGAAAACGUUUGCGUCAACAAGGGACAAAAUGGCGGCAAUUAGGAGUAACGCGGCAAGAAAGCGACUCUUAGCACUUGUUUUGGAAGAACUUGCUAAUGAUGAGACAUUUCAAAUUGCAGAUAUCAUUGCUACAACCAGUUCAGCAAUAGCUGCAAUGGCUUGUACGAUGUAUUCUAUGCCAAAACAAACGGCAGACAGAACAACAGGUUUUGUGGAAAGGACUGUGCCGGGUUACGCAGACAUGGAAUUCAAGCAACAUUUUCGGAUGAAGCGUUCAGAUUUUGAAGAUUUAUGUAGCUGGAUAGCACCAUCACUUCCUAAAGAAAGAAAGAUUUCAGUUGAAAGGAAAGUGCUAGCAACACUGUGGUAUCUUGGCAGCACAGAAACAUUUCGCAUUAUUGGGGAUCGUUUCAAUAUGAGCAAAGGUUCGAUGCAUCGAGUCCUUCACACUGUAUGCAGUGCACUAGUUGGCCAACAGCAGCAAUGCAUCAAGUGGCCAGAUGUGACACAAAUGGAAUGCUCGGCACAGGAAUUUCAAGAAAAGUGCGGGUUUCCAGAUGUGAUUGGUGUCAUUGAUGCCACAGACAUUCAUAUUCCAGACCCAAAUGAAAAAAGAUGCUCCUAUGUGAAUGGAACUGGCAACACAAGCAUCCAGCUGCAAGUGGUAUGUAACCAAAGACUUCUGUUCUUGGAUGUCUACACAGGGUGGCCAGGUUCAGUUCAUGAUGCCCAAGUCUUUUGUAGCAGUACUCUGGGUCGUAAGCUUGACCGGAAUGGAUUGCCAAGGAGGUUUCAUCUCCUAGGUGACUCAGCCUACCCCCUGACCAACUACCUCAUGGUGCCCUUCAGAGACAAUGGUCAUCUUAGCACAGUUCAAAGAAAGUUCAAUGAAGCACUCUUGUCAACACAUGUAGAAGUUGAGAGAGCUAUAGGUCUACUUAAAGGCAAGUUUCAUCGACUGAGAUAUCUUGAAAUGCUAGCAGUAGACAUGAUGCCAGUUAUCAUUUUGGCUGCAUGUGUCCUGCACAAUUUUAUCAUAACAUCCAGUGGCAUUGAUGAAGGAGACAUUGAACAGGUCCAAAGGCGGCAGCAGGAAGAUUAUCAAGAACAGCCUGCUAUCAGUGCCCAGGCCAAACGUAUGACUAUUGCUUAUCAACUGGCUUGACCACCUGCUCCAAAAAAGACUCUUCUUCUAAAAGAAAUCUUGACACACCUUGAUCAGUAUGCAAAUGUAGGGUAUGAAGAACUGAAAGAAAUUUCAGAAGUCUUGAAGCUGUAGGAGUCUCCUGUGCAACUGAUAGGGUGAGCGUGUGUGUGUGCAUGCAUGAUAUCAGAAGGUGGAGUGUUAAAACAGACUUCAAAAGGAAUGGGUUUAAGUUAUGUAAGAGAUUUUUAGGUUGAAGGAUUUUCCUGUGUUCUGUUUCUCAUGUAAUGACGAACAGGGAACUUAAAAACUGUUUUUAAAGGGGUAAAAGAAUGUAAAGGUACAAGUAAAUUGUCCCAUAUGCUUGUAGGCAUUUGAUAUGUGUAGGCAUUUACAUAUCAAUGUAACCUGUAUUAUGUUGAGGAAGGGCUAGCUUCUUUCUCAGCAGUUCAUUGAUGACAGCCCAGCUUGUCAUACCAGUGACAGAGCUGUUGUGUUGUGUAAGAUAACCCUUACUCAAGCUGCUGUAAUUGUUUGUCAGUGCAGAUUAGAGAUGACUGUUUGUUAUGAGUGAUUACAUCUAAAGUUCAAACAGUGCCAUCAUAAAAAAUUGUCCAACAUAAUAUGAGGGUAGUUUAAAAAAGUUAAAAGUAGCUAUAAAUUCUGUAUCUACCCUCCUUUCAGUUUAAUUAAAUAGUUUUACUUUUA